CACGGACACGGCUGUAAGAACGUACGAUAUAAGAAAGGUUUAGCUAGACAAAGAAAAUAGGAAAGUCAAUACAAGUUGUAGAAAUAGACGUAGAAGUUAAAGAAAUAGGAGGAGAAAUAAAGGCAAGGUAAUCGGAGUGAAGAGGAAAGAGAAAACUGAAAGGAUAGGAAGGCAGGAGACAAGAGGUUAUGGCGGCAAAAGGUACGGAGGCAGGAAAGGUAGGAAGACCGACAAGGCUGAGGAAGGAAAAAGAAGAGAAACAAAGGCAAUUAGAGUUUCCGAUGGGAGGAAAUGAGAUAAGCAAGACGGAAAAGAAAAAGGUGACUAAUACGGGGAUGGAGACAAGAAGAAGACGAGAGGUGGAGGCUAAAACAGAAGGUACAGAGAAGAUAAGGUCAGAAUCAGAAUUUGAGCUAGAAAAGAAGAGAUACAAAGACUCCAUGGAAGAAUGGAAAAAGAAAGAGCAAUUUUGGGAAAUCAGGAUAAGGAUCUUGGAAGAAAGGAUAGAAGAAAUAGGUAAAAUAGUUAAAGAAAUGCAAGAAAGAGAUGAAGAGAGAGAGGAAUAUUGGCUGUCGGAGAGAGAGGAAAUGAGCGGGAAAAGUGUAGCAAGUGCAGCGAGUGCAGUAAGUAGAGGUAUGAACAGCCACAUAGGUUCUGCGUCAGAUAAAAGCAUAGAUAGGUUAAGUGUAAGAGAGAUAUACAAAAUAAAAAGUCUCAUUUCCGACAAAGAAAAAGAGGAUAGAAAGAAGAAUGUGGUCGUGAAAGGGAUAGUAGAGGAAAAAGAACUAAAAUUGAUAAAGGAGGACCCGAAGAGAUGGGCGAAAUUCUUCUUCAAGAGUAAGUUAAGGCUGGAUUGCAAUGUCGAGCAAGGUAGAGUAAGCAACAAGGUUAUAGUAAUCAAACUAAGCAGCGAAGAAGAAAAGAAGGCGGUAAUGGAAAAUAAAAACAAGCUGAAAGGAGAAAAGAUAUUUAUUCAGCACGAAUUGACUUGGGAAGAGAGAAAAAUUCAGGAGGAAAUCUAUAAAUGGGUGAAAGAGAAAAGAGAAAAAGGAGAGGAGAUGAAAAUAGGGACAGGAAAGGUAAAGAUCCAAGGAAAGUGGAGACAAUGGAGGGACAUACAAAGAGAAAUGGGGACAGAAAAAACGGAGAGAGGAAGAAGUGAAGGAGAUGGAGGAUAAGGAGGAUGCAGAGGAGGAGAACUAGAAGGAGACCUGAGGGAAAGAACGGAAAGAACACCGCCGGAGGACAGGAGAAACAAGUUAAGAAGAAAGUAUAAUACAUGUAAGGAAGGAGGAAAAUCAAGAACGAGGAAAGAAGAUUAAGACUAGGAAAGUAAAAGAGAUAAGGGGAGAGAAGAAAUAAAAAUUUGAGCGGAAACAGAGAAAUAUAAGUCGAUAUAAGCGUAAGCUGAUGUAAAUAUAUGUAUUAUAUGUAAAAAUGUUAUAAAAUGUUAUAGAUGUGUAUAGGAUAUAGGAAAUGGGGUUAUGUAGGAGGAUUAGAAGAGAGGGGGUGAGAAGAGAAAUGUCUAGACAAAGUAGGAAGGGUAAUUAGAAAAUAACUGGCGUUCACAAUAAGAAGAAAUGAUAUAAGUAUUAAGAUAAGAUAAAUGUAGAAAGAAAAUGGUAAGAAAGCUGUAAAAGGUGUAACCAAGUCCCCUUCAAGCCGAUAAGGCAGAAGCGCAUACCAUAAAUGGAGUAUGAUGACCCAAAGCUAGCAGUCUUAAACCCAAGCCAUGUAGUAUAUU